GACGGCUGCUGCUGCUGCUGCGGGGAGGCCGAGGAGGCGGCUUGAGGGAGAAGUUUUUUCUGUUGUCCCCCCCCCCCUCGUCUCUCGCCUCGUACUUUUACGGCGCCGUCUUCCCCCGUUUUACUUUAACCCAACCAAGCAAGCAAGCCCAACACACACACGCACGCAGCGUCAUCGCCGGCGUCGUCUUCCCAAGGCCGACGUUGACUUGGAGGAGGAGUGGACGAGUGGACGCUGCUUCGCUUCAAAUUAACACAUUUUUAUUAUCUUUUAAACCGGUCGGUGUCGGCGGCACCCCGUUGUUUGACAAUGUCCACGCCCGCCAGAAGGCGUCUCAUGCGCGACUUCAAGAGGCUUCAGGAAGACCCCCCGGCAGGCGUGAGCGGAGCACCGACAGAAAACAACAUAAUGGUCUGGAAUGCGGUUAUAUUUGGGCCGGAAGGGACUCCUUUUGAAGAUGGUACCUUCAAGCUGACGAUUGAAUUUACAGAGGAGUACCCAAACAAACCCCCAACAGUCAGAUUUGUGUCAAAAAUGUUUCAUCCAAAUGUGUAUGCGGAUGGAAGCAUAUGUCUGGACAUUCUUCAGAAUCGCUGGAGCCCCACAUAUGACGUCUCUUCUAUCCUCACAUCUAUUCAGUCUCUACUGGAUGAACCCAACCCAAACAGCCCUGCAAACAGCCAGGCUGCACAGCUGUACCAAGAAAACAAGCGCGAGUAUGAGAAGAAGGUGUCGGCCAUCGUGGAGCAGAGCUGGAAGGACUGCUGAUGAGCGGCGAGGCGCGGCCAGCUACGAGGGGAGGGUCGUUUGCGACAUUUAAAGUUGCAUUUCCGUAUUACUCGACAUUCAAAAAGAAAAUACGGUGACAGUCGCGUCCCUGUGUAGUCCACUAACUUGUAUGCAAAGUAUAGAAGUGCAAACUCUUCAUAAGCCCAUGCUAUAUUUAAACAUAACAAAAAAAGCAUAAACGUACAGUCAAUACAAAAAAAUCAUUUUUCGUUAUUUAUGUAAACUGCCCUUUGGUGGGAUUUCUGCCGUGCUCAUUUACACAAUCACUGUCAGCUGAAACAUUUUGUUGAAAAAAAUGUGGAUUUGGCGUUCAGAAAAAGAAAUAAAUGUGCAGCAGUUGUGUUCGCAUCCGUGAUUGCUCAGAAGGGACGAAUGAAUUUGUCUGUUUGCUCUAAAGCCGCCGGUACUUGUUGGGAUAAAAAAAAACAUUCUCUUUGUGAUGUUUGAUUUAUUAUUCCUUUUGCACUUGUAAUUAAACUGUACAUAUUUCGCCACAAAAA